UUAUUGCACAUCACUAUCAGUUGCAAGUGUGAAGUGCAUUUUGUGUGCCUAUUUGUAUUAUUUUUUGUUGAUGAAUGAUGUUCACUUGGAUUUAGCGGAAACAAAUCCAUAGAUAGAGUUUGAUUUAUUGGGUGUAUUUUCGUGAAUUUUGUAAAACAAUCAAGAUAAUUAUAGCGUGGAUGAUUCAUGACAUCCAUUGGAUAUAAGGAUGGGCUUUGAAAUCAAAAGAUUUCAAGGUGACGUUGACGAAGAACUUAUUUGUCCCAUUUGUUCAGGGGUUCUAGAAGAUCCAUUACAGGCACCUGCUUGUGAACAUGCGUUCUGUCGUGCCUGUAUAACUGAGUGGAUAAGUCUUCAGCCAACUUGCCCAGUAGACCGGCAGGCAGUCACUGCAAGUCAACUAAGACCAGUUCCAAGAAUCCUACGCAACCUACUUUCAAGAUUAUGUACCAGCUGUGAUAAUGCACCACAUGGUUGCAAUGCUGUUUUAAAACUGGAUUCACUUGUUUCUCACUUAGUGGAAUGUGAAUUCAAUCCGAAACGGCCAAUGCCUUGUGAAGCUGGUUGUGGUCUUGUUAUACCCAAAGAUGAGCUUGCAGACCACAAUUGUGUUCGUGAGCUGCGAGCACUUAUAACCACACAACAAGGAAAGCUGACAGAGUACCAACAGGAGUUGGCUGAGCAGAGGCUUAUUAUAAAUGAACAUAAGAGGGAAUUAGCUCUUCUGAAGGAGUUCAUGCGGGCGAUGCGCGUUUCGAAUCCAACGAUGCGAGCACUGGCUGAUCAAAUGGAACGCGAAGAAGUGAUACGCUGGGCUAAUUCCUUAUCCCGCGCGAGAGUCACACGCUGGGGCGGUAUGAUCUCCACACCCGAUGACGUCCUGCAGGUGAUGAUGAUCAAGCGAAGCUUAUCAGAGUCUGGAUGUCCUCCCCACAUAAUAGAUGAUCUGAUGGAAAACUGCCAUGAAAGAAGAUGGCCACCAGGCCUCUCCUCCCUAGAGACUAGACAAAAUAAUAGAAGAUUGUAUGAAAAAUAUGUAUGUAAACGAGUGCCUGGAAAGCAGGCAGUAUUGGUGCUCCACUGUGAUAACACACAUGUUGAUGAACACAUGAUGGUUGAGCCCGGGCUUGUAAUGAUAUUUGCUCACGGCAUAGAAUAGUCAUAGAUAUUAAGUUGGUCAGCGUUCAUCAAACUAUGCUGCAUUUUUCAAAAGUAUUCCAUUUAGAAUGCUGAUGUUGGAAAAAUUACAUAAAAAAUUAUGAACUAGAGAGUUGUGAGGCGAAAAAGUUUAAACUAAUAAAGUUUGUAAAGCAAAUUACCAUGACCUAUGAGAGGACUCCAGUGAUUAUUGUUCAUGGACAAGAACAAUUAUUACAAGGAUUAUAAAUUUGGAUGGCGCAUUAUAAAGCAAAACAAAAAAGAAAGUAAAUGACAAAUGAGUUGUAUAUUUGAAGGAGAUUAAAUGAAGCACAGGAAAAAAACAAACAUUCCGUUAUGAUAUCACGGCGGUUGACCCUAGUAUAUCACAUCAUAACAUUUGUAUAAUAAAGAGUGCUGUGUUGUUAGAUUUUAAAAACCUAGUAAUAGAUUCCUUAAUAUAGGAUGCAAUCAUAUUGCUAUUGAAAAAAAAAAA